UGUCAGCACUUUUCAGGAGACAGUGAACAAGGCUUGCUAAAUAAUAUUUAUUUAUAUCAACACUAUGAGAAUUGUGAUUAUAGUUUGUUGCUUCCUUGGCACAGUAACAUCACAGUCUCCUCCCUGUCCUCAUGGAUGGUUUUACCGUGGGUCGUCAUGCUACGCCUUUUUUACAGACGCCCCAGCCACAUGGACAGAAGCAGAGGUUCACUGCAAUUUAAUGCAAUCGCGAUUGGUUGAAAUUGAGACAGUUGUCGAGGAUGAAUUUCUGGAAGUGCAUUUAAUGAACAACGGAUUUAAAGGAGAUUUUUGGAUUGGAUUGAGCGACAUUUUGGUAGACGGAGAAUGGUUAUGGAUGUCAACUCAAACAGUUGCUCAAUACACUAACUGGUGGCCCGGGGAACCAAACAACUACCACUCCAUUGCAGAAGACUGUGCAGCCUUGCAUGGUCGAAUGUUUCAUUGGUAUGACAUACCAUGUUCACGGAAAAACAACUUUAUAUGUGAAAAGGAGGCUCACGGACACGAACAUUGGGUAGUGGUUGGAUAAGUUGUCACUUGGCCAAUAAUAAACCAACAGUAGCAUU